AGUGGGCUGGCUGUGUGACUGGUCGGACGUGCUGCUCCGCUCUUAAUACCUUACCCCUUGGAUCUUACCUGGAGGCGACGUUGGAGUACCUGGCGGAAUAGAAGGUUUAAUCUUAGGGCUUCAGCUGACACUAAGGCCUUUGUGAAGUUCCUUCUACCACCACCACUACUGCAGCAGCUAGAUCCUUCACCUACAUCGCCUCCUGCACAAGUUGGGUUCAACAUGAGGUGGGUCGGUUUAGCGUCGAGUUGGGUGAGCAUCUCCAGCCAGUCGUCAGUAUGUCUUGUGUCAGCAUCAUCAGCGUAGCCCCGGCAUCAUGGUGGUGCUGUGUGGUCGCCUCGAGGUGGUGGUAGUGGAGGCGUGUAACCUCCCUAACCUCGACCAGAACGUUCUGCGUCCGGAGGACAAGAGCGACCCUUACUGUCUCAUCGAGGUGCAGACUGGUAGUGGUGGACUCUUUAAGAUAGGCAAAACAUUCACCAUAGAUGAUUGUCUCAACCCAAAGUGGUAUUUUAAAGUAGCUGCUGACGUUAGUCAAGACGUAGCAGGGUUGAGAUUUACAGUGAAAGACAGAGACUUGCUAUCAUCAGAAACUAUUGGAAGCUGUAUUCUCCCAGUGCACACUUUUGUAGACAGCUCAUCAUCUCAAAAAGCUGAACUUCCCCUAGUAAAUGUUAAAGGCUUUCAGGCUGGUACCCUUAAAGUAGCAGCAUCGUUUACUCCAACAACAAACCAAACGGAUCCAAGUUUUGGAGACCGCGCGUGGACCAAGGCCAGUGAACUUAAAGAGCGUAUGACAAGAAAAAUCCCCAGGUACGGUGACACAACUGAUUACGUAAACUCAUUUGGCGACAUGGCGUUCCUCCACGGUGUAUUAGACCUGAAACUGGCGUGUGCCAACAACCUGCCCAAUCUGGACAGCUCUAUCCUCAGCAUCAGCAAGAAGGAUGUGUCAGAUCCUUUCGUUGUGGUGAGUUUGGAGGAUGUUGAUGGGGAACCCUGGAAAGUUGCCACCACCCAGGUCAUCGACAAUGACCUCAGCCCAGUUUGGGACGAGAACUUCCGAGUGGAUGUUUGUCACGAUGUGUCAUCCAUUACCUUCACUGUACGGGACAAGGAUUUUAUCUCAUCAGAGCAGAUAGGAUCCGUCUCAUUUCCAGUGAAUACCUUGACAAUGGAGAAUGGCGUGAGUGGCACCUAUGACCUCCUGCGGGAAAACAAGAACAAAAGAGCUGGAACUAUUACCCUGUCUGUGAUUUAUCAACCCAAACAUGCUGUUCAACACUCGUAUGAAGUACCAGAUUGUCUCUUCCCCCUCCGUAAAGACAACGAAGUGAGGCUUUACCAAGAUACCCACUGCCCAUCCCUUCCGCUUAGUCUCACCGACAACUACGGCAACCCUUACCUGCCACGCAGUACCUGGAAGGAUAUUUACACCACCAUCAUGGAAGCCACUCAGUUCAUCUACAUUGUUGGCUGGAGUGUGAGUGCCAAAAUUGCUCUACUGAGAGAGGAUGGGGAAGACAAUCGCCCCCUUGGUGAGAUGUUAAAGCAGAAAGCUUUUGAAGGUGUACGAGUUCGCCUUCUCUUGUGGGAUGAGAUAACUUCAAAUGACUUGCGUAAAACUGGUGCAAUGAGCACUGAGGAUGAAGAGACUUUAAAUUUCUUUAGGGGAACUCCUGUUGUGGUUGUGCUGGCUCCCCGGGACCGUCACUCAAAGGACAUGUUCUCCACCAAGACAACCUUCACAUCAUUGUGCUACACUCACCAUCAGAAGUGUGUCAUUGCUGAUGCACCAAUAGAAGAGAUGCCAGGUAAGAAAAAGGUGGUCGCUUUUGUUGGAGGCCUGGACCUGACAGGUGGCCGGUACGACUCUCCUCGUCACCCGCUGUUUAGCACGCUUGUCCGAGAACACAAGAAUGACUUCCGAAAUCGCGUGUUUCCUACUCUCACCAGUGCCAGUGGUCCACGCGAGCCCUGGCAUGAUAUUCACUCUCGUGUGGAAGGCCCUGCUGCUCACGACGUCUUGAUGAACUUCUUACAGCGAUGGCGUAAACAAGCAGCAGAUCACAUGGAGUCCAUUAUCCCUCUAAAUCAGAUGGAUGGCAUCGUCAUGGACUACACGUCAACCGCCCCUGACCGCUGGAAUGUCCAAAUAUUCCGUUCGAUCAACUCUGACUCAGCUGAGUUUGAUUGGUCAACUGUUACGGGACUAACCAAGAAGAAGGGCCGUGCAUUUGACAACAGCCUUCAUCGUGCUUACAUCCACAACAUCAGACGGGCACGGCGCUGCAUCUACAUCGAGAAUCAGUAUUUCAUAGGAAGCAGUCACAUGUGGCCUGAGUGCCGUGAUGCCAAGGCCGGUAAUCUUGUACCCUUGGAGAUUGCCACCAAGAUUGAAGAGAAGAUCAAGGACGGGGAGCGCUUUGUUGCCUACAUCUGUAUCCCAAUGUUCCCUGAGGGUAAACCAGCGGACAAGGUGACACAGGAGAUCCUUCACUGGCAGCUGCGCACCAUGCAGAUGAUGUACAGCCGUGUGGCAGCAGCCAUCAAGCAGGCCGGAAUUGACGCCCAUCCUCAAGACUAUCUUCUUUUCCUGUGUUUGGGCAAGAAGGAAUCUCCCGAGGCUGUCCCCUCAGAGCUCGUGGCUCCAGAAGACCCCUCAAUGACUUUGGCCUUUGCUAACCGUCGCCUCAUGAUCUACGUUCACUCAAAAAUGGCCAUUUUUGAUGACGAAUACAUCAUUGUAGGCUCUGCUAACAUCAACGACCGUUCGCUGAGUGGCAACCGUGACACCGAGAUUGCAACUGGCUCUUACCAGCCCAUGCAUACUGGAUCAGGCAAUACUCUUGCUCAAGGAGAUGUAAGUAUGUUCCGCCGCUCAUUGUGGGCCGAGCACUUGGGUGAAGAGGCACCGGUAGAUGCUGAUCCAAGCUCUGUUGAAUGUGUGAGAACCGUGCAUUCACUGGCCGAACAAUCCCUCCGUGUCUAUCUUGAACCUGGUGAUACCCCAACACCGCGGAACAUGUUGUUAUACCCCCUUCAGAUAAAUUCAGACGGAACAGUGACCCCUCGUCCUGAAUGCCCCAUCUUCCCAGAUGCAGGGGGAAGUGUUAUGGGAGCCAGGUCCAAAGUAUUCCCCAGCACCCUUACUACUUGAGUAUACUUCAAAAUCAAACCUUUUGUGACAAUACAAGUGGUUAUCAAGCUUAUCCUAGUUCAAGAUUAUUAUUUUUAAUUGCUGUCAUGAUCCAUACCAUUUUACAAACCCAUCUUUUAGAUUCCAAGAACUUUGUUUUUACCAUUUUUAUGACCAUAAGAAUUUAUUGACUGUAGUUUGUUUACCUUAAUAUUUAUCAGUACCAUCAGGAGCAGCCAAUCAUGAAAACUUUUACCGGAUUUCCAAUGUUAUUUACCAUUCAGAUUUCUCACACGUGUAACAUUUACUCAGUUUACAGAUCUGCAAAAAUAACCCUAAAUAUAUUUAAUAUAUAGACUGUAAGGGUUAGAAUAUUGGAAUUAAAUUCACUGUAAUUACCUGAAGAUAAGAUUCUGACAUAAGGGCAUACAGUAAGUGAGAAUCUUUGGAGUGUGUUGGUAUUAUUCUCCUUCAGAAGAUAAUCCAUUCGUGUGUAUAUAGUGUAAGCAGAACAGUGGCUGAACAUCUACGUGGGUUCAGCGACCUCUGCCUACAGCAUCAGCAUGACGGGCUGCCCGCUGAUAAUGUUCUACAAGUACUUGGAGAUAAAUAAACAAUGGAUCAAAG